AUGAAAAGAGAAUGGAAGCUAUAUGAAUGGUUAAUGAGGCUUGAAACCGGACUUGGUGGGACGAGAAGCCUAAUAGAGGCAUCACCUGAUUGGUGGGAGGAGAAAAUAAAGAUUGAGCAUUUUUUAUUUACAUUAUCUGUUGUCACACAGGAGAAUAAAGAUUAUGCCAAAUUUAGGGACACAAAUUUGAGCAUAUUUGAUGAGAAAUAUGUUAUUUUGUUUCGGGAUUUUGUUGCCAUUGGAGAUCAAACUAUGACGCCAUUACAAUUUCAAAACAAUAGCAAUCCGAACGAAGAAAAUAUGGAGGGCAAAGGAGAUAGUGAUGAAAUUAAUUUAGAUGAUGAUGAGUCUUUUUUUCCUAGUUUCCUUGAAAGUAGUUCAACUAAAAGGGAGAAGAAAAUGUCCUUUCCAACAACCGUUCAACUAAGAGUAAAAGUUCAGUUUAUGAGAAAAAAGUAG